UAUCAUACCUGCGAGUCGUCAUAGUAACGAGAAACACAUUAUUGGAUAGAGAAGACACCUUGUUAACCUGUGGCUUCUGAAAAGCAUUAAUCCACAAGAAUUGUUGGGCUAGAGCUACAAUAUUCUGUGUUUCAAUUUAGCUGUAUAUGCGAUUACAACAGGUCUUUAUGAAUCUGGUCAGUAUUGUAAACGAGCGGUGGAGGGAUACAUAACAAAAAAGGAGGUUACAUGAACGGAUAUAUAUAUAAGACGCCAUCUUGGUUUACAUGAUUGCGGUAUAAUUUACUUGGAUAUUUUGACCUGUGAUUUAUCAUAUCACCAUGGGGAAUGGAGCAUCGGUAGAGUCAUCAAAAACCGUAUAUUUAGAUAUAAACGGCAAAAUGGAAAAGAUAUGUUUCGGAACAAAUUGCAGCUCUCUAGACAUUCAACAUUUAUUGACACAGGCCAUCGGGAAGGAAAACAUUGCCUCUGUGUCUCUGAAGGAUAAAGAGGGUGCCUUGGUAUCUGUUGCACCUACAAUGCCCGUCAAUACAAACAGCACACCUUACAAAGUUUACGUCAAAGAAAUCGUGAAGCAGCCAAAUGGAAAUGAAAUGUUGCAGCUUGUCCUACAUCAGGUGUCGGAACAAUUUAACAGGGCAUUCAAAGUAGAGGAAAUGAAGAAAAAUCUUUCCGAGAGGUUGAAUAAUCUUGAAAAGAAGAUGGAAUUUGAAAACAUGAAACUAGUGGAAAUAGACAGAUGCAAAAAGGAAAUCGUUCAGAUAAAAGAUCAAAUAUAUGACGCACAGAAAAAGUUUAUUGUCUACAACCAUUUACGCUCACUGUCAGAUGAUGGGAAAAUUCAGCUCAAGAGGGAUGUUCCGACCUACCCAAAGUACACGCUAUCCCAGGAGACCAUUGAUUACUUGAAGCAGCCAACGUUUGAUAUGUGGCACUGGGAACCAAACGAGAUGCUGAGUUUGCUUGAACACAUGUAUCAUGAACUUGGCCUGGUGCAUGAGUUCAACAUCAAUCCUGUCACUUUAAAACGCUGGUUGCUGUGUGUACAAGAAAAUUACAGGAACAAUCCAUUUCACAACUUUCGUCAUUGCUUCUGUGUUACGCAAAUGAUGUACGGAAUGAUCCAACUGUGUAAGCUUUGGGAGAAAAUGUCGAGAGAAGACCUUGGGAUAUUACUGACUGCCUGCGUAUGUCACGAUUUGGACCACCCGGGCUACAACAACACGUAUCAAAUCAAUGCCAAAACUGACCUUGCUAUCCGCUAUAAUGACAUUUCUCCUCUAGAAAACCACCAUUGUGCCGUAGCAUUUCAGAUUCUAUCCAACCCAGAAACCAACAUAUUUGCAAAUGUUGCACCAGAAGUUUUCAAACGGAUAAGAGCGGGUAUUACCAUGCUCAUCCUAGCCACAGACAUGGCACGGCAUAGUGAGAUAAUGGAGAGCUUUAAGGGAAAGUGUGAUGGUUUUGAUUAUAAAUCUAAAGAACAUCUUGAUACGCUAAAAAUGGUUCUCAUAAAGUGUUGCGAUAUUUCAAACGAAGUUCGCCCUAUGGAGGUGUCUGAACCCUGGGUUGACUGCCUACUGGAGGAGUAUUUUAACCAGUCUGACAGGGAAAAGAUGGAAGGCCUUCCAGUUGCACCAUUCAUGGAUAGAGACAAAGUGACAAAGCCAACGGCCCAGAUUGGUUUCAUCAAAUUUGUUCUCAUACCAAUGUUCGAAACAGUGGCAAAGCUUUACAACGUCAUAGAGCGAGUGAUGGUUGAACCUCUACGGAUGGCACGUGACCAUUAUGAAGAAAUGAAAUCUAAGGCAGAUAUAAUGAAACAGAAUGAGAAACAGGCUGCAGUUUCAGCAAAGAAAAAGGCAUUAAUUAAUUGAAGUAACACUACCUGUUUUACAAUGUUCUACUCUUGUCAUUUCGUAUUUUGUAUUAAUCACAUAUAUUAUGUAUAUGCGUGGCUUUGCUAAAUAUCAUCUCUAGCAGAGUUUUUUAUGUAACCAAUCACCCAAAAAGACCAGUGAGUAAGAACAGUGUAUCUUCUAUUUAAUUGUGAAAUAAUUGCUCAGAUAAUGAUGUGACAAUAAUUGCAAUAAUUAAGAAACACAAGGACUUGUGAUUGAAUGCUA